AAAAUAAAAAAAAAAUAUAUCAUCCUCGUGAAGUUAGGUGUGGACAAAUAUAUUUUAAGUUAGAUUUAAUUUAAAUUCAAAUAAUUAAAAGUUUGUUACUGUUAAAUAAUUAUUAAACAUAAUUAACUUUAAAUUCAAGUUAAACAAGCAAAAUAAUGACUGACGAAACGGCCGAUUUAAUAGAAGAAUCUAAUGAUGAUAUGGAAAAUUGGCUAUAUUAUAGCAAGGAAACUAAAAGUGAGGAAUGCAAUGAUGUAAUAAAUAAUUUAAGUGCAACAGAAGCAGACUUAAUUUAUAUAGACUCUGGGGAAUUGGUAAACAAUGACAAUGAACAGCAAUCAUUUCAAUAUGAUGUCGAUGAUAAUGAUCUAAUAACUAAUACGGAAAGUGAUCAAAUUGCUACAGAUACCAAUAAAGCAACUGAAGAGCAACAAUCUUUGCAGCAGGAAGAAGAUUUAUCCAAACAUAAUUUGAUUUUAAGAGAAACUAUAGAUGAAAACGGUCAACUGGUAGAGGGUUACUAUUGCCAACAAUGCAAUUUGGCCUUUAAUACCAUAGAGGAUUUUCUCAAUUAUCAUCCGUAUAUAGAAUUACUAAGUGAAAAUCCUGAAGAACAAGAGGAACAACAGGAUAUUGUCUCAACUGAACUCUCAGGAGAUAAACUCUGGGAUUUAGUAGAAAAUUUAGAGGAAACAGAGCAUAAUGAUAAUAAUAUGGAGGAAAUUAUUGAAAUAAAACCAAAUAGUACAACAGAAGAGAAUGAUGUUUCCAACACGGCUGUGGAAUUAGAUAAUGAACGUUACUUUUGCUAUGACUGUCAACAAGUAUUUACUGAUUUAAUUUCUGCCGAAAAUCAUGAUUGCAAUAGUCAUCAGGAGCAUAACUCAACUGAUUUAAUAGAGUCGAAUUCUACUUUAUUUGUAGAAAAUGAUGAUCAAAAUGUCUAUAGAUGUCAUUUAUGUGAUAAAGAUUAUACCUCGUUGCGUUCGUUUAAUAAUCAUUUGCGUUGGCAUAAAAAAUCGGAAGAUAUACUAGGUCACACGAAGACUUUGCAUGAUGUGGCCGUAGUGUGUGAAGUGUGUAAUACGGUAUUUGCAUCGGAGAAGAAUUUGAAAUUACACAUGAAAAUGCAUAAAAAACAAACAGUUAAAACCAUUCAGGAUGCAUUGCCCGUUGGAGCUCAAAAUGAAUACAACGAAUUGAAUCAAUUCUUUUGUGAAAUCUGCAAUAAAAGUUUUGAUCAAAAACUUUUAGUCAUUCACAAGAACAUGCAUCAAAAUCUAGAGGAAUACAAUUGUGGAAAAUGUAAUAAACAAUUUGAGAACCUGCCCAGUUAUGAAAUACACAUGCAAAUGCAUGUUGAUAAUAGCGCAAAUAUUAAGAAAACAAAUACUACGACUGCGGUUAAACAAAUCAAUAAUUUUUUAGUUCCUGAAGAAAUAAUCGCCACCACCUCGGCUCAGGGAGGAUCUACUGAAGGUGGUAAACGUAAGCAUGCUUGUCAAUAUUGUGGCAAAGAAUUUCAAAGACCCUAUGAAAAGGUUAAACAUGAACGUAUACACACUGGCGAAAAACCCUAUGAAUGCGAAGUGUGUGGCAAAACGUUUAGAGUUUCUUAUUCCCUAACCUUACACUUGAGAACCCAUACCGAUAUCCGCCCCUAUGUAUGUGCCACCUGUAAUAAACGUUUCAAACAACAAUCGGUUUAUGUGCAUCAUUUGAAAACCCAUGUUGUGGAACGUGGCUAUAAAUGUGAUAUUUGUGGAAAAAGUUUUCGCACCUCUGUCCAACUAAGUGGCCAUAAAAAUAUUCAUAGUAAACCCUACAAUUGCACCGAAUGUAAUCGUCCUUUCGCCUCUUUAUACUCGGUGAAGAUACACAUGAAAACUCACAAUAAGGGUCAUAAAUCGAAUAAAAACCUUAAAAAUCGCUGUAGUAUUUGUGGUGCUUCAUAUGCUCGUAUAUUUGCUUUACGUUUUCAUCUUAAAGAACAACAUGGACUUGAUGUACAUCCCACACAAUUGCUGGCAGCCACUAGUUCAAACAAUACAAAUGUUCACAAAGAUAUGGAUGCUGAGACAGCCAUACUAAUGAAUGCCGCCAAUGAGGCUAGUAAUCAACAAAUGCAUUUUAUAAAUACUGACGAUGAGAACGUCAACGACGACGAAGACAAUGAGCUGGAAGAGGAUAAUGAUGAAGAGAAUGAUGUUGAAAGAGGUUUUAGCAGUCAAGUGGAUCAUGAGGAAAAUAUACAAAAUUCCACCUUAACACAUAAUAGUUAUUUAGAUGAAACUGAAGCGGCCACACAAACUAUUUUAAAUACCCAAGAGAUUUCUGUUGAUAACUUUCCGACCGAAGAAAUUAUUACCGAUUGGUUAUCUAAAUAGUAAUUAUUGUUGUUUUUAUUAUUAUUGUUUAUUUUUAUUAAAAUAAAUUUAGUUUAAUUUAAAGUUUUGUAAAAAUAAUAUUUUAGUGGAAAAUAUUGAAAUAAAAUUGUAUUCAAAGUUUAA